ACAGACAGAGCAGGCAGCCCGACCUCAGAGGAAGAAGUACGAUCGCUAAGGACGCUCAGAGAAAUGCUGUGCCCCCGAGUAUUCCAGCCUUCCUACGGUCCACUGAUGGACUUCCACUGGCCCGUACACAGCCUCUGGCCAGAGACACGGCCUCUCUUCUACCAGAUGGAGCAAGAGAUGAUCAGACACAUGCAGGAGAUGAAGCAAAGCUUAGAGUUCAUGGAGCAGCUUCACAGGAAGAUUUUCGAUGAGAUCGAUCCACUUCCAGCCCAGACUUUGGGUGUCCAGCCAAUCUCGUUCACCUCAGACAAUGAGGGAGGCCAUUUUGCCCUGACACUGGACACUAAGGACUUCUCACCAGAGGAGCUGACUGUCAAGCAGGUGGGAAGGAAGCUACGGGUGUGUGGGAAGACGGAGAAGAAGCAGGAGGAUGGAAAGGGCUCCUACUCCUAUAAAAGGCAGGAGUUCAGACAGGAGUUUGAUCUGCCUGAAGGUGUCAACCCCAGUGUGGUGACAUGCUCCCUGUUGGACGGCCAGCUCCGGGUACAGGCUCCCAGGGGGGCACUGCCCGAUAGCUCUGAGAGAGUGGUGCCCAUUGACUGUGUACCUUCUGUGAAGACCCCAAAACCAAUCAGCUCAGAGAGUGAUGAUAAUGUCACUACAAUGGACUCCUCCAAGGACUGAUCUGACAGAAAAAUCAAGGAUUAAUAUGGGCCCAAUAUCUACAAUUCAAACAAAUUUCCUAUACGCUUUCAUUUUUCUUUAACAGAUGACUCCAUGAGCUGUAAAACUGUGAUUUAUAAAGGCUAAUCUUUUUGACCCAAACAAUUUUGGAGUAUUUUCCAUGAAGAGAAAAUCUAGAGUUGUGGAACAUUGUUUAUUGUAAAUUACUUUUAUGAAUAAAUCACUUCAAUGUGAAA